AUGUAUUGCCUAAGCACAAUACUACUGCUUACCGUUGCCGGCUGCGCGUUGUCCAUGCCUCCUCCAGCCGGCCUGAAUCUGAAGCCAGCCAAAGCCGUCGGCGAACAACAACCAAGUGCCCCCCAGAAUAACUCGCCGUCAGAGACAACUAAAGAGCCACCAAAUCUACGUCUUCGCUCCCGAAUGAUGGCCUCGCUGAACGCUAACGACACGAGCAAAAAGGAGUUGGGUCCAGUUGGCUCCCAAACACUGAUUCUCACAAAGAAUCGCAAAUAUAAAAAGCCAAAUCCUCGAUCAUUCUUUGAAGUAGUCACUGAGGAACCGAUCACCGCCGAACCAUCAUCAUCGAGGCCACCAGUGAAGACGCUCCCUUCAUCCGCUAAUUACGGGGUGAAUCCGGUACUGCAGACGAAUUUCGUUGAUUCGAGGGGUCGUGUAUUGAAAAAUGUCGUCUCAAUACCGAUUCGUGUGGGUGAUGCUCAAAUCAAACAAGUCAGCAGUAACAGUGCAACAGCAGCUUUGGUCGAAGGAGAAGCUGAGAAUGGUGUUCGUGUGAAAUUUGGCCAAGCGCCACUCCGCCUUUUGUAA